UGUUCACCAUCUGCGCCGCGUUAUCAAUACAGUCUCUCAGAUUUCUCCGAAGCAACCUUCUUCGAUCUCCCCUCCUCUGUUAUAGUUUCCAAAUUCAUAAAACCACGCAUUGAUUGAUAAUGCCGGUCCUUUACGAGCAAGAUAAGCACGUCUCCUCUGCUAUUUUGACCGGACAGGAGAGAGGUGUGCUUAGAUGCCAGGAACGAACGUCAUUGCUUCAUCACUGGAAGCUCACUAAGGAGCAGAUAGAAUUGGUGGACAAAGCUGGUUUUGGUUGGUUUCGUCUGAUAGGAUCGAUUAGUUUGAACAAUUCGCUUAUCUCUGCCCUUGUCGAGAGAUGGCGGAGAGAAACCAACACGUUUCACUUCCCUUGUGGCGAAAUGACUAUCACUCUCGAUGAGGUAUCAUUGAUUCUUGGUCUUGCUGUUGAUGGCAAACCUGUGGUUGGUGUUAAAGAAAAAGAUGAGGACCCUUCUCAAGUAUGCCUCAGACUUUUGGGGAUACUGCCAAAAGGUGAACUGAGCGGUAAUCGAGUCACUGCGAAAUGGUUGAAGGAGAAUUUUGCAGAGUGUCCAAAGGGAGCUACGGCGAAAGAAAUUGAGUAUCACAGUCGUGCUUUUCUUAUAUACCUUAUUGGGAGUACCAUUUUUGCAACUACAGAUCCCAGUAAGAUCUCUGUUGAUUACCUUAUUCUCUUUGAGGACUUUGAGAAAGCUGGAGAAUACGCUUGGGGUGCUGCUGCGCUAGCUUUCUUAUAUAGACAAAUUGGUAAUGCCUCUCAACGGUCUCAGAGUAUCAUUGGUGGUUGCUUGACACUCUUACAGUGCUGGAGUUACUUCCAUCUGAAUAUUGAUCGGCCAAAGAGAACCACCCGUCAAUUUCCACUGGCACUUUUGUGGAAAGGAAGGCAGCAAAGUCGAUCAAAGAAUGACUUGUUUAAGUAUCGCAAGGCGCUUGAUGAUCUGGAUCCAUCAAAUGUGAGUUGGUGCCCCUUUGAAGGAGAUCUUGACAUUGUGCCACAAAGUUUCAAAGAUAAUCUACUACUUGGAAGGUCCAGAACAAAAUUGAUUGGUCCAAAAGUAGUAGAAUGGCACUUCCCAGAUCGAUGCAUGAAGCAAUUCGGUCUGUGCCAAGUUAUCCCCGGAGAAGUUCCUCCCAGAAAAAACGAAAAGAACCAUGACGAAGACUUAGUGGAAGAUAUGAACACAGCAGACGAAGAAUGGAUGAGACGAAGGGAAAACAUUGUGGAGAAUGAAGGGGGAAACGGUGAUGAAAGUGAAUAUAUGCAGUGGUUCAAUAGCAUCAGUGUCCCAAAGCUUCACAGAGAUACAAGUCUUGAAGCUGAUAUAAUGAACGUGCAAGCUGCUAUACUACAAUUCGACGAGGUGGCCUCAACGUUAUCAUUAGAGGAUCUACAUCCAGAGGAGAGAGAAGCAAUUGAAGAAGCAGUGAUGUCAAUGUCCAAUGCCUUGAGAGUAGGAGAUUGGUACGAGGCAUCAACAACAAAUAAACGUAAGCGGAGAGAGGAUCAACAAACGGACUGGAGCGAAUGAAAAAAGGAAGAUCCUUUCUUUCUUCUGGCUGAUCAGUUAGUUUCGGCCAUUCGCUUGGAGAAAGGAGAUGUAAGUCCAUCAUCACUAGAGUUUACGCUUUAAUAAGGAUUCAUAGACUCUGCUAACUAUUUGACUGUAGAAGUAGAGAUGUUGGUUUUGUAUCUUAAAAGAGUACUAAAGAGGGUACAUAUAUUUAAGAGAGGUUUAAAAGCUUUAAGGGAUCUAUUACAGAUUAA